AUGGCAAAUUAUACUUCGACGCCGAAUACACAGCACGCCAAGCGUGGCGCGUUUCCCUCUGCUCAAGCAGGACCGAGCGCGAUCGGCCGUCACACGCUCUCACCAAACAUAGCACCGGAGGAUCAGCCUUACCCGAGCCGCCUGUCACUAGAUGCCGGCUCUUCGCGAGGAGGAUCAGAUGUGGACGAAUCAGAGGUCGACGCCGUCGAGCAUGAGAGGGAAAUGGAAGCGCUGGAAGAUAGCGUGAGACAAACGCGUACCAUCGAAGAAUUUACAGCCAUCAUCGGGCAGUUCAGAAACGAGCGCAGGAGGAGGAGCAGGCACUUGAUGACCGCCAGCGGGUCUGGUGAUGGUCUUCAUGCGGAUGGCACAGGUGGGCGACCUGCGAGCGUGUAUAGCGAAGCGAACGAUGUGUCCAGCAUCUAUGAUCCGCGCACUCUCGAGCCAGUCGGUGCGCUCGGAGACGACGCGGCUAGCAUCAUCACUACCGGCAGCACGGCCGCGCGGUUGCGUGUCCAGGUCAGAGUGGCGUGCUGCUGCGAAAUAGGAGAUGGUGGAUGCGACAGAGGGCGCCGAGCAGCGGUAGAGUGGGCCGAUAUGGAGAGCGAUCUCAGACUAGCAGCAGAGAUUGGUCAAGCACUACUCAGGGACAAAGAUGCACUGUCUUCCUCCAUCGCCUCCCUCAAGGCCGCUCACUCGCAACAGAUGGAGAAGGUCAUGUCUAGAAUGAGCAACAGUAUUCGAGAAUCGGCAAAGUUGGAGCGAGAGCUCAAGCAAUGCAACCUCAAUCUGGAAGCGUCCGAUUCGGGCAACCGCGCUCUGCUUGCGGAGCUGGACGACGUGCGAGCAGAAGUGGGCAAGCUACGUCUGCGCAGCGUGAAAUUAAGUGAGUGCUGCGAUGCAAGUCUAAGGGCCCGAGGCUGAUCUUUCGAGUUCGAUCUUAGACACGCUCGAAGCUCAAUCUACUCGUCUGCACGCUGAGAUGGAUGAUCUCAAGCAAGAGCUAGCAGCCGAGCGCAAACGAGCGGAUGCAGCCGAAGUGCGCGCUCGCAAAGCCGGAGCCAAGACGGCCGAGCUCGGAGAGACGCUAAGGGCGGCCAAGCUUGAGGCGGACGUUACACAAGCGCAGAAGGAUCGCGAGUCCGGAAGAAGCGCUUCCAUGCCUGCGAGAGACUGGGCUCGUGCGCAAGAACGGCUUCGAGCUAGCAUCGCCACCUUGCGGGUGAGUGCCACUCAAGCCCACGGCUUUUAGAGAUUGUUUGGAACUGACACGGUUGAAAGCGCUUCUCGUGACGCAGCCAAAUGCAAGUGGAUCGAACGACGAGGCAGUGUCUGUGAUCGAGUCGCUCAUCACCGAGAACGAAGCGCUUCGCAGGAACAAUGGCGAGCUCAAGACGUCGCUCAAUGCAGCCAAUGAAGAGGUGCACAUCCUUCGCGAUCAAGCAUUGCACAGUCCCAUCGCUGAGGUCAAUGGUGGCCACUCCUUCAGCCCACAAUCCAAGAGCAGCUCUCUGGACGCCCGUGCACCAAAGUACGGAGACAUCGAGAAGGAAGGCAGCCCAUCGCGCAGAGCUGAAAAGUCAACGGUAGACACUACGAUGGACCUAUCAGAGCUCCAAGGAGAGCCGGGCCGACGCACUCUCGCUGAUGAGAUCAUCGCCCCGGCGCCAAAGACAUUGCAGAGGCCAUCAGCUGUCAGAUCCUCUUCGCGCUCGUCUAUCCGAACUGCGAGCACAAAUGAGCGGGUCGGAAGCCCUCGGCAGAUGGAAGGUCGGUCGCCCUUCUUCUCGUCGUCGGUGACAGCCGAAUCCCACGCCCAUCUCGGCGCAGACGUGAGAAACGCUAACAUGCAGCGCAAGGUAUCCGGCGCUAGCGCCAUCGGCAGCGUUGCGACCGACACUACCAUGGUCGACUUUGGUCUUGCCGCGGACGAGGCAGGCGCUACCAUCGAUCCGCCGAAGACUCGGGAUAAUCGCACAGCGCAAUUGUCUGUGCUGCUCGACCACAUCCAGCGCAUCUUCACCCGCCUGUCCUCCGCCGACGUGGACACGCUCGCGCGUCGGCUGCAGCGCCAACAUCUCAAAGGCGACGUUGGGCACCUCGCACGCACUACAGUGAACGGUAUUCUGCGCGAGGUCGAGGGAUUGCGCGAUCAUUUCCGCAAGCUGAUAGAAGCGGAAGCUAGGGGUAACGCAAAUGGCAAGGACGAUGCGUCGUCAAUGGACUCCGGCGCUAGGGAUCGAGACAGCGAAUCCUUGCUAGCACGAAAAGAGUUCUUUGUCCUCCUCAAAUUGUUCCGAGAUCUCUUCACCGAGAUGGCUCGACUGAGAAACGCGGUCAAUGAAGUUCACCUGCAGCCGCAGAAUGCUGCUCGCAUACUUCAAGAACAGCUUGGCGCUGCCACUGCAGAGGAUAAAGGGGUGGGUGCUUGGAUCGGCAGACUGUUCUCGGGUGGGCCAAAUGGUCCUGCUGGUCCUGCUAGUGGUCUGGCUCCAGUCACGAGCACGGGCUCUACUGCCCUGCCCAGCGUGUCUCUGAGCGACAAGACAGUCACCAACGCCUCGUCCUCAAAGCCUUUAGCUGCUCGAGCCCCUACCGUGCUAGGUCGACCACCAAGCCGCGGAGGUAUGGCUCCUCGCGCGCCCAUUACCUCUGGUACAGCGCCCGUAGAGGUCAAAGGUCUGCACUCGGCAUCCACCAGUAAACCGUCCAGUCCUCUGACGCGAGACGUACCCCUCGCGUCGUCACCUUCCGACAUUGCCGCGCCGCCCGGAGCCACUCUGCAAGCCGGCCCACGACCUGCGCUGGCUCGAGGUCGAGGCUCUCUGUCCCGUACACAAAGUCGAAAUCUCUCGGGACUGUUUGCGGGCUCGAUGCCGUCUAGUGAGGGCUGGGACAUUGUCGAUCGGCGCGAUGCGAGCGGAGAGCGACCAUCCAGUAUCGUCGCCAGCCAAAUCGGCACACACGGUCCUCCGUUACGCAACCUUCAUCUGAGAGGUCUGGAUCAGACCAGUAGCGGAGGUGGCCGGCCCCUCUCUAGGAUUGUGGACGACGACGAAAUUUCUAUUCGUGAUGGCUUCAUCCCAGAGAGACCACUGCGACCCCGAGGGUUGUCAGACUCGUCCAUCCGAUCCACCUACCUUGACGAUGGCAACAGGGAUAGCAGCGCGGCAAACCAUCGUCCACCGCCAAUGGGACGAUUGAUCACUCCUUCGACUCUUGCGCUGCAAGCUCAAACUUCGCACACGAGCGCCACCGCCAGGGGUUUGAGAGUAGAGGAUCUCGACUAUUCGCCCGCUCCCUCAGAAUCCUCGGCCUCGACGGCGAGCGCUGGACCCAAGGCGUCUUCGGCCGCUCAAGAAGUCGGCCGAGCAGCAAGACAAGUCAGCUCGAGCGGCGCUUCGGGCCCUUUGAGCUUCCUCACUACUGGACUCAACAUUGGUUUACCAUCGCUGCGCACGCAAUCUAGCAAUGCUCAGCUCAGUCUGAGCUCUGCUCAAGGCUCAGCAGUCGGCACGCCCGCCAAUACUAGUCGCGUACCUGGCAGCUCGCGUCCGAGAUCAUCAAAGGGCGCAGAAUUUAGCUCUAGUUUGGCUCGCUCAUCUCGCAGAGGGUUCUAAGGGUCCGACUCGUGCCGCAAUCUAACAAUUCCUACUAGCAGACAUCACGAGCAGACGUUACGCUGACGCUCUCUGGCACGCGCACUUUGCGAUGCUAGCAUUCUCAUCAUUACUAA